AUGAGGAGGUUAAGCAUUGAAAAAGAUAAUGAAGAAUUGAUUGAAAAACUUGCUGAUGCGUUGCCACACGAGACUUGGGGCGCUUAUCUCAUGAUGCUAAAGAACAAGAAAGGGUUCAGUAAUCUGAUACUUAGCAAAUUUAUUGAAAAGAUUGAAGCUCAGGAGAUGGAACAGAGAAAGAUCUCCAGGAUGAAAGACUUCGAUGGUGAACAAGACAUCGGGCUUUACUACAAAGCAGGAUUAAAUGUCAAAACCACAAAUUUUUCUUCAAAGGUUGAAACUGCUUACAAUGCAAAGAAUUCAUCCGGAAGUUCUUCAACAGGAUCAAGCAGCAAAACAAGUUUCUCAUCAUAUUCUUCAUUUGAUCCAAAUUUAACAGUGACAAAGAGUGGUAGAAAGCUACAAUGCAACAUUAAAGCAAUCUAUCAUCAAGUUUCUCAAUCAUCAAGUCAACAAGAACCACAGGUUGCUCAUGGGAGGAAAGUGAUUGAAGAUUCUUCAAAAAGAGCAUGCUUGGUGGAUCACGAUGAGAAAAAGUCAUCAACAAAUUUCAAUUGGGAUAAGUAUAUUUUAGCUGAUGGCAAAGCAUUGGUAAUAGAUCAAGAUGAUGAGAAGAUGCCUGAAGGUUUUACCUGGGAAAACUUCAGCUGGGAUGACUAUUGUCCAGACAAAGAAGUGUUAAAAGCUCACUCAGCGUUUGUUGCUAGAAUAGAAGAAGAUAGUGAUGAUGAUAAAUUCAAGAAUAAAAUCAUGGCUGAAAUAAAGGAGAAAACUCGAGAAGAAAUUCUGAGUGAGAAAACCGAUAGAGAAAUAUUCAUUGUUGGGAGCAGAAUGGAGAAAAUGCAGGAAGAGUAUAAAAAUGUUGUAAGAAACAAAAGAUGGGACAAGAAGCGAGAAUGUUAUGUCAACAGAGAUGGUGAACAUGUUGUUCCCAGGAGAGACAUAGUUCAUGAUGAUGUUCUUCUAGUAAUUCCUCGCUCCGGAGAAUACUAUUCAAAUGUUGAAAAAGAUAAAACAUAUGUGAAAAGGCUAGAUAAAAUCAUAAGAUAUGCCAUGACAUCAAGUUUGAGGAAGAGGGAUGAAGAAAGAUUGAAGAAGAAUGUUGAGAAUUUGGUUGAUAAUUUGAAGAAGGUCGCUGAGGAAGUAAAAGUUGAAGCUGUUAAAGAGGAAGACGUGAAGGUAGAAGAGGAAAAGAAAGAAGAAACAGUUGGUGAAGAAGCUGUUACUAAAGAACCGCAGGUGAGUGAAGAAAAGAUGAAGAAGAAAGAAGCAGAUCAGAAGCAGACUGAAAAGAAUACUGAAGUGCCAAUCACUGAUGUAAAUACUCCAACUGAAUCUGAAAUCUUAAAAACUGUUGAACAGUAUAGAUUGAAGAAGUUGAAGGAGAGACGAGCAGCAAAAGAACAGAAAAAAUUAAAAUGUGAGAGUGUUGUUCAAAAAGAGAAGACUGAACAAAGUGAAGAAGUUAAAGUUGCUGAGAAGUUAGUUGAAGCUGAGAAAGUGAUAGAAGUUGAAAAGAUUAUUGAAGUUGAAAAGAUAGUUGAAGUCUCUAAACCUUGUUUUGAAGCAUUUCAGGAUGAAAAGAAGACCGAAGAAAAGGAUACUGGGACAAGUUCGGAAGAAGAAGCAAAGAGUUCAUUCUGGAAAUAG